UUGAAACUUCAGGGGCACUGCGGCAGUGCAUGGGCCACGAGUGUAAGUGUAUGGCUUCAACGUGUAGGAAUGAAUGGCGUCCCUGACUCCAAACAUCGACGUUCAACGUGGACACCCGCGUUCGUUAUACCUGCAUUCAUUAGUCCACAAGCCCCCACAAUGAUACCCAUCUUGCGCAAAAAGUGGCUCGUAGAGUCUCUGAUCACCACUGCCGAGCAGCUCGCGCAGAUGGACCUCCCCUCAAACAUUAUCACAACCCUCGCGUCUAUUAAGCUGCUCGUAGGAAACCUGAUUACUGCUGUCGAGCACCUCUCGCAGAAAACAGACAUACUCUCCUCCGAUGUUGGCGCAGCUAUUGCGUUGCUCGUAGAAAACCUGAUCACCGCUGUGACACACAAUGUGCUAGCGUCGGACAUCCAUCACCUACUGCAAGGUUGCAUCGCUCUUGUUGUAUUAAUAUUGUUGUGCUUGUUGACAGUCCUCUGCAUUGUGCGCUGGUGCUACGCAUUUAGUAGAGAGCUUCGGGGUGUGCAGCAUCUCAAGACCACGUAGACUUACACAUAUCAUCCUGUUAUCAGUUUCAUCAGUGACAGCACCGUUGC